UGGCGGACGGAAAAGUAAAAAAACGUUAUUAUCUUGAAUGAUUGAAUCUGAAGUUAUUAUAAACGCAUAGAUUAAAUUUCGCUUUGUGUGGAGAGAAAAUAACAGACCAUUAUGGCAGCUAACAUUUUAAAGCAAACCAGAGCUGUUGGCUAUUUUCCAACCAUGAGAUCUGUUGUGAGUCAUUUAAGAUGUCCUUUAAUGUCUGGUAUAGCUACAGCAAGCAAUGUCAACCAAUCACCACAUUAUGUGACUAACCAAGAUCUUGGACCCUUCGCUACCAAAGAUCCACGGUUUCCCCUACCAGGAAAUAUGAAUUACGAUGUUAAGAUGCAUAGUGAAACAUUUCAAACACCUGAAAAUCAGCAGAGUUUAGCUUCAGUAUUUCUAGAUGUUGAAACAAAUGAAAUGAAAAAACGUCAUGUAUUUGCACAGUUUAUAAAUAACACUGAAAUUGAUGAUAAAAAGAAAGCACAAGAAAUAAAAAAUUGUAAUUCAAAAGAAAUGUUUGAAAAUGCUAAGGGGAAAGUUGAAUGUUCAGUUCAGAAAUGUACUGCAUCACUUCAGAGGAGCUUCUCAGAUCUUUUUCCAGACAGGAAUUUCAAGACAGGCGAGAUGACGGUGGUCAGUAUAUGUCAACAUACCAAAAAUGACAUGACCGUUUGGUCACAAGAUGUUGAUGAAGAAAGAGAAGAACUAUUAAAAAACUUUAUAGAAUCCGCUUCAGAGAUAUGUGACUUACUGAAAAGUAAAGGAUAUUGGGCAGACUUUAUUGAUCCGUCCUCAGGAAAUGCGUAUUUUGGACCCUACUCAAACUCGACGUUCUUUGAAACAGACGAACGAUACAAUCAACUUGGAUAUCGUGUCUUAGAUCUUGGAUGUUGUAAAGCAUUGAGUCAUCAUGUCUGGGGAACAUACAUUUAUGUUGGAAGCAUAUUUACCAAUGCUCCGGCAGAUUCUUUAUCCCUUCACACCGUUCUCUCUACAAAAGAUUAAAUACCAAAUCUUAAUGUAUUUAGAAACAAAAUAGUAUCUUUCCAAUUUCUAUAUUUAAGUUGUGUCUGAUAUAUCCGCAUUGAAUUAUGCGACUUCUUGUUUAAUAUUUCUUGAAAACAUCUUGCGAGCUUAUAAACUGUGGUUAUUGUAAUGUUAUUCAUGACAUGAAAACCCGCAUUUAGACAUUAUCAAUGUCUGAAGGAAAAACUCGCGGAUAAACUCAUUUUA